AUGGCGCCCUCAAGAGCUCCCCUAAAGGCCGGCGAAUUCACCGUACUCCCGCUCACCGUCCCCGGAGUACCGUCAUUCCCGCAACAGACGACCCACUUCCUUUACAUUCGCCCGCACGCACCCAAGAUCCCGGAUGAAAACGCGCCGCGCUCGCUCUUUGCCAGCAACCUGCCCAUCGAUGCCACAGAAUCUUCUCUUCGCGCUCUUUUUGCGAAACAGCUAGGUGGUGCGAGGAUAGAACGCGUCGAAAUCGAGGGCGUCCGACCCAAGAAGAGCACACGCGGCACAGCAAUCAGCGCAAAGGCAGGCAAGAAGAGGAAGCGAGGCGCAGAGCCCAGCCUUGGUGACAUCGGUCUGCCUGAUACUUGGGAUGCCGAGAUUCUGAGCAGUGGAAGUGGUGCUGUGCUGGUGUUUGUGGACAAGGCUAGCGCGGAAUUGGCCAUGAAGGAAAUUGCUCGCCUUGCAAAGAAAAAGGCCGAAGUCAUGUGGGCAUCGGAUAUCUCUCUUGGUGUAGAAAGGUACCGCACACACCAUGAACUAACAUUCCCCGCCCGCGACGUUCUGCAAGCAACGGUCAACGGCUACCUUACCCAGUUCUCCGCUAUGGAAGUAGCCCGGGCCAAAGCUCUCAAGCAAGCAAGGAGCGUACCAGACGAUGACGGCUUUAUUACCGUUACAAAGGGUGGUCGCGCUGGUCCCGCCAAAUUGGAGGAAGCUCAGGCUGCGGCAGAAAAGCUCAAGGAGAGGCAGAAGCCACCGAAGGACUUCUACAGAUUCCAGACGCGGGAGAAGAAAAAGGAGGACGCGGAGCGGUUGAAACGGGAAUUCCAGGAGGACAGGAAGAGAGUGGAGCGUAUGAGAGCCCGCAGAGGGAAGAUCAGGCCCGAGAGUUGA